UUCGCGCUCCUCUUCCUCUACCCGUCAACGGCUGCCUCCACCCGAGCUGUGGCGUCGAUGCCCCCACAGAUACCCGGCAAGAUGCCCAGUGAGACGCUGGUCAGGAGGGCCCCCGAGCGCCGGGCCUCCUGCUUCAACACCCGUGUGGCCACCACUGCACUGGCGGGGUACCACAUGGUAGUGAGUGUCCUGCUCCUGGUGGAACAUGCUGUGGAGGUGGCCAAUGGCAAGGGCCAGUGCCAGGUCGCGGGGACCCGCUCCUACCGCUUGGUAGACAUCACCUCCAGCUUCCUGCUCCUUGGCAUGCUGUUCGUCGUCAGCAUCAGCCUGCUCUUCGGUGUCAUUAAGAAGCGGGAGCGCUGCCUCCUGCCUUUUCUGUCCCUGCAAAUCAUGGAUUUCCUGCUGGGCCUCCUCACGCUGCUGGGCACCUACAUCGAACUCCCAGGCUACCUGCGGCUGGCCACAGCGACCCGGGCGAGAGGACGGCCCAAGACACCCCUCGUGGCCCUGCAGCUCUUGGAUUUCUGCCUCAGUGUCCUGGCCCUCUGCAGCUCCUACAUGGAGGUGCCAGCGUAUCUCAACUUCAAAGCCAUGAACCACAUGAAUUAUCUCCCGAGCCAGGAGGGGAGGGGUUUCCUCACGACCAUGCUCCUGUUCUCAGUGGCGUUUGUGGCUGUCCUCACCCUGAAGGUUUACAUGUUCAAAUGUGUCUGGAGAUGCUACCGGGACAUCCAAGCCCAGCAGGCCACUGGUGGAAAGGUCACUCCGAGGCUCCUACAGCAGGUGGCCCUGCCAUCCUACGAGGAGGCCGUAGCACUGCCGGGGAAGGGUGCCAGACCCCCGCCAUACUCUGAGGUUUAGGACUUGGCAGCCUCACCCUUUCCGGCCCCGGCCCCUUCCGGCUCCUGCCCCCAGCGGCUCCUGAGAUGGAGACUUUGGGACUGUGCCGCGGCAUGCACAUGCUCUGAUCUGCACCAUCGCCCUCUCCAUUACAUGCUCCCCCUCUCCGCUCAAGCAGGGACAGCCAUGCCCAUCUGUCUGCCACCUGCCCUGCCUCUUUCAGCCCCUAAUGGCCAUCUUGGGGAUCUGGGCUGGGGUUGGGGUUGGGAUUGAGGACUCGGUGUAUCGGUCCACCUGGGAGGCCCUGAGAAGCGGGGGACAUGGAGAGUAGGGAGCUCUCUACUGAGGCUGAGGUUGGGUGGGCCACUGUGACCCUGGGACUCUCCAUCUGCCUCCCACAGUCCCCACCAUGGGGUCCUAGCCCCUCUUGCACUCCAGGCCCUGAUUCGCUUCUGUGUGUAACCCUGAGAGGAAUUUUAUUAAAUCCACCUUGGCUA